AUGGCAACCAGUAAUAGUAAAAUAUGUGAAGGCUUAUUAAACAUAGAUUUAUCGGAGCGAUUUGAUCUACAUGUUGGAUCUUAUGUAAAAUCUUCACUAAAUUUACGUUAUAUUAAUUCAAAAACUUCAACUAUUGGACGAGCAUUACGUCAAGCUAUUGUUGAUUUAAUUGAUCAUAUAACAUAUAAAUUUAAUGAAUAUACAGGAAAUGAUGGAACUAUUCUUGGUACAGAAAAUCGUUCCUAUCAUUCACGUCAAUAUACAUUCAAUAUUAAAGAAGAUAAUAAUGAAUUUUCUGAAUUAAAUGGUAAUGAUGAUAAAAUAAAUAUUGAAAUAAGUUCAUUAGCACCAACUGUUUUCUAUCAAUUUCGUGAAGAUAUUGGUAUAUCAAAUGAAAAUUUUCGUCAAUCAUUUUUUAAAAAUUCUUUAAAAGAUUUUACAAAUCCAGGUAAAAGUGGUUCAUUAAUGUAUAAAACAUUUGAUGAUUUAUUUAUUUUAAAAACAUUACGACAACAUGAAGCACGUUUAUUACUUCAAAUUUUAAAUGGUUAUCAUUUACAAUUUCGACAACGUUCAACUAUAUUCAAUCGUUAUAUUGGAUUAUAUUUAAUGCGUUUACAAACAUCAUUAUCAACUAUGACAAUUUAUGUUGUUGUUAUGGCUAAUGCUUUUACACCAUCAUUAAAAAUUAAUGAAAUAUUUGAUUUAAAAGGUUCAAAAAUAAAACGAAAAACAACUGGUUAUUUAUCUACAGAGAAAUUUUAUAAAUUAAAAGAUAUAAAUUUUAUGGAUUUAUAUCCCGAUGGUAUACUUAUACCAACAAAUAUUUAUCAUAAAUUAAAAAUGAUUGUUGCUAAUGAUACAAAAGCUUUGAAAAAUUUGAAUAUAACAGAUUUUUCAUUUAUACUUGGUAUAAGACAUUUAGAUAUGUCAGAAUCACAAAUGUUAGAUCGUCAACAACUAACAGGAAUUACAGCUCUUCUUCGUGCAACUAAUAAUCUUGCAAUAAAUCAAACAGAAAAUCCUGUUGUCGUUGUUUCACCAUCAAAUCGUGAAAACGAUAUAACAUCUUCAGCAAAUUCUUAUUUGAAACCAUUAGAAAUGAUCAAUGAAAAAAUCGAUACGAAUGUAUAUUAUAAUAAUGAUUCAAUUGCUUAUGAAACUUUACCUAUUCCCGGUAUCAUCAAUGGUACUAAUAAACGUGUUUAUAUAUAUUUAGCUUUGAUUGAUAUGCUUCAAACAUUUGAUCAUUUUAAACAUAUUGAUCAAACACUUCGAAAACUUACUGAUCAUAAUAGACAUCUUGAAUAUUCUGUUAUUGAAUCUAAUGAAUAUGAACAACGUUUUAAUCAAUUUUUAUUUGAAAAUGUUUUUAUUGAUGCUGCUGAUGAUUUUCCAUGGGCUAUAACUGAUGUUAGUGAAGCUGUUGCAGAUAUUAACAAUGAAAUGACUAAAAAUAAGAAAAUUAAAAAACAAAAGAAAAAACAUACUCAUAAACAUCCUCAUUCAAUUGAAAAGGCAAAUUCGGAUCCUGUUCGUGAAGAUCAUUUCUAA